AUGGAGGUGCCUAAUGUCAAGGACUUUCAGUGGAAGCGCCUGGCGCCACUUCCUAGCCGCCGGGUCUACUGCUCCCUGCUGGAGACCGGGGGACAAGUCUAUGCCAUCGGGGGAUGUGAUGACAAUGGUGUCCCUAUGGACUGCUUUGAGGUCUACUCCCCCGAGGCCGACCAGUGGACCGCCCUGCCCCCUCUGCCCACAGCCCGGGCAGGGGUGGCAGUCAUCGCCCUGGGGAAGCGGAUCAUGGUGAUCGGGGGUGUGGGCACCAAUCAGCUGCCCCUGAAGGUCGUGGAGAUGUACAAUAUUGAUGAGGGCAAGUGGAAGAAGAGGAGCAUGCUGCGUGAGGCUGCCAUGGGCAUUUCUGUCACAGCAAAAGAUUACCGAGUGUACGCAGCAGGCGGGAUGGGCCUGGACCUCCGUCCACACAACCACCUCCAGCACUAUGACAUGCUCAAGGACAUGUGGGUGUCACUCGCACCCAUGCCUACCCCGAGAUAUGCUGCCACCUCUUUCCUCCGAGGCUCCAAGAUCUACGUGCUGGGGGGACGACAGUCCAAGUAUGCGGUCAAUGCCUUCGAGGUCUUCGACAUCGAGACUCGCUCCUGGACCAAGUUCCCCAACAUUCCCUGUAAGCGGGCUUUCUCCAGCUUUGUGACCCUGGACAGUCACUUGUACAGCCUGGGAGGCCUUCGGCAGGGUCGGCUCUAUCGGCAGCCCAAGUUCCUGCGGACAAUGGAUGUGUUUGACAUGGAACAGGGGGGAUGGCUGAAGAUGGAACGGUCAUUCUUUCUUAAGAAACGACGGGCAGACUUCGUGGCUGGUUCUCUGAGUGGACGGGUCAUAGUGGCUGGGGGACUUGGAAACCAACCCACUGUCCUGGAGACCGCAGAAGCAUUCCACCCAGGGAAGAACAAGUGGGAGGUCCUCCCUCCCAUGCCCACGCCCCGCUGUGCCUGCUCCAGCAUCACCAUCAAGAAUUGCCUCCUGGCUGUAGGGGGUGUCAACCAGGGUCUGAGUGACGCAGUGGAAGCCCUGUGUGUCUCUGACUCCUAG